UUCUCUAAUUGCACAACAAAUUUCGUACUUACAGUUUUUAUUGCAGCGUGAUUUUGUGUCUAAAACUUUUCUCCUUCGUAAUAUGUGAAUUUCAGAUUGGAAGACAAAUAAAAUAAAAAGAACUGGUGAUAAAAGAUAAUUGGAAGUUUUCUCAAAAUGUCUGCCGGUUGUUCUCAUUCACGCCAAAGACAAUUUUUACGUUACGGCGGUAGCAUACAAGAAUUACGCGAGCAAUUACAUCAGGAAAUCGAAAACAAAGCAAAACGUUGUUCUAAUUCCACCUAUGAAUGUUCAAUACCACGUGUAGAUGGGUAUGAAUAUUGCAUGCGGCAUAUACUACAAGAUCCAUGCGGCAACUUCCGACAAUGCACUUUUAUUUACCCCAAUGGACGUAAAUGUGCCAAUGCACUGCAAAAGCAUGACAUAAAAAAAGAUCCGGCAUUGACAACGCUUUGUUUUGAACACAAUCGCCAAGCGCAGCUACAGAAAACGCAUGCUACAGUUGGAAAAUUGAAGCGCACUGACACCAAUGAAGUAUUGUUAAACAACUUGGCGCAUCACAUCAAUAUCGAAGAUGUACAGCCGGAGGAGACAAUUGCAGAGCAAGAUGAAGAGAUUGAUGUGGUGUCGCCACAUGUGGCGCCUUUUGUUGCAUAUGAUCAGGUGAAUAACCUUAAUACAGCGUUAUCGAACAUGCAGAAAAGACGACGCAUUCUAGAUUAUGCGUCUGAUAGCUCUAGUGAAGAUAAUGAACCGCACAACAUAAACAACACAGCACGAGGUUAUGAAUUCAACGAGUCUGACGAUGAUAGCGCGGACUCAGCACCUGAGGAUUUAUUAAAGCAUGCCGGUAUAUACACACGUGAAGAAGCGGUGCGCAUUGCUGAAGCAAAACUCACUAAACUACAAGGUCUCUACAUUGACCAAAUCAAUAGCUUGCAUCACACACUCAAGGAACGCCGGCGUCGCUAUUUACAAGCUUUACGUAAGGAACGUGAAAUGUUAUGCAGCAUACAUGAUCAAUUGAAGGAUACGCCGCGUGAACGUAAACUCUACGAUCAACUUAAGGCACUAAAUACAUAUCAUCGGCGUUAUGGCGUUGAAGCAGUACUCUAUAAGAAAUUUAAAGAAAAGCGUUCACGCGCUACCGAAGGUUAUGGGCAUAAAGGUCCCGGCUUUACGAAAUGUGCCUUCUCUGAGGGUGGUGUUAAGUGCGGUGAACGCGCCAUGCCAUGCUGUAAAUACUGCCGCAAACAUAUUAUGGAGGACAAAAAACAGAUACUUUUCCAUGCCUGUGAGGUGGAGAAGAGCGGCGUUGUGUGCCAGGAGCCAAUACCGUGCAUUUUCGAUGAUGCCUCAACUUGUAUCUUGCAUUUGGCAAUACCCGCACGUCGUCAGUAUAUACAGAAGAAAUAUGAAUCGGAAACUGAAGAAGACGAUACAAAGGAAGAAACCGAUUUUAAAUCACCCAAGCAAACGAAUGUUAAAACGGAAAAUGCAGUUACAGCAACACCUACAACAAAAACAGCAUUCUCACAGUGCAGUACGCGCGACGCCAAAGCUACGAAAACCAGUGAAUAGAGAAAUAGCGUGGUUCUAACUAGUUUUAUUUUAAAUGUACAAUAUUAUGUCAAAUGUUUUAAAAAGCUUUUAAUAUUUUAGAAAUAUUUUUUUUUUUUAACUUUUAUUUAGAAAAAUAACUUUAAUAAACGUUGCAAUAUUUACAUGACUAAUAAA